AGAGAAUGGAGUUCCAUCUGCUGCUCGUUUGUGUCGCCAUAUCCUUGGCAUCGCUGCCCAAAUCGGAGGCAGGGGUGACGGAGGAGCAGAUGUGGGCAGCCAGCAAACUGAUACGCGAUGUCUGCCUUCCCAAGUAUCCCAAAGUCAGUGUGGAGGUGGCCGACAAUAUCCGCAAUGGGAAUAUACCGAACAACAAGGACAGCAACUGCUAUAUUAAUUGCAUCCUCGAAAUGAUGCAGGCGAUCAAGAAGGGCAAGUUCCAGCUGGAGUCGACCCUCAAGCAGAUGGACAUCAUGAUGCCGGACAGCUACAAGGACGAGUACCGCAAGGGCAUCAACAUGUGCAAGGACUCCACCGCAGGACUAAAGAACGCUCCCAACUGCGAUCCCGCCCACGCCCUGCUCUCCUGUCUCAAGAACAACAUCAAGGUGUUUGUGUUUCCCUAGGAGGGAUUGUGCUUCAUCCCAUUAAAUAAUAGUGUCACUAAUCCCAAAACAAAAACCAAAUCAAUAAAGGUUAGCUCCAUGGGUUCUACUUCA